AUGGACCAGGUCGCCUCGAUAUGCUUGGCGUUCCCGCCCGAGCACCUCAGAGAUGACGAUGAUAGCGCUUAUCACAAGGCCAUGGAGAGCCAGCUCACCCAGCUCUCCAAGCUGCUCAAGGAUCCAUCACAGCCUCUCAGAACGGACGGCCUUGCCCUGCUCAGCCUGCUCGACCCUUCCGUCAACUCCCUUUCCUACCUUGCCGUCAUCCACAGCCUCUGCAUUCCCGGUCUGGCCGGCCCGAGAGAGCAACUCCUAGAGCGGCUGGUGGUGUUUUUGCUGUCCUUCGACGCGAGACAGCUUCGAUAUGCCGGUGCACACCUUCUGGACAUCCUUAACGUGGUUGGCCAAGGCCAAUUACUGCCUCCCGCCGUAGCCGUCAACGUCCUGGCUGCGGCCAUCCUGCGAAUCGACCCCUCCGGCAGCAUGCUCACUUCUACUCACAUCAACCUGGUGAAGCUCGCCUACACAACCGACAACAUAGAACCUGCACUCCCUGUCAUCGACAAAAGUAUCGUCUUCUACCCCGGCAUGGCGAACCACAAGACACCUGACCUGCUAUGCGACCUGACGUUAUCACCACCGUCCUUCAUCUCCAAGGACUCGGGGCUCACGAGUCUCCUCAAGGCUCCCGCAAUACUGGAGUAUGAUCUGCUCUGUGGAAUGAUGUACUGCGCACGGAGAGAUUGGGCCAAGGCGGUUGCCGCCUUCGAGAGGGUUAUAAGUUACCCGACACGUGACAUGGGCACAAGCAAAAUCAUGGCCGACGCUUACAAGAAGUGGGUGCUUGUGAGCCUUCUCCAUGCAGGGAAAUAUACAGCUCUGCCCUCGUACACGGGUGCCGGUGCUGUCAAGGCCUACGGUGCCAUUGGCAAGCUUUACAAAGACGUUGCCACUAUCUUCGAGACCGAGAAUGCCGCCGAUCUGAAGGCCGAGGUAGACGAGCAUACCAAAGAAUGGCUCGACGACGGCAACACUGGUCUGAUCGGCGAGGUCCUUUCGGCCUACCAGCAGUGGCAGAUUGUGAAUCUCCGCCGGGUCUACUCCAAGAUCUCCAUUCCCGAGAUCCGACAGUUGACCAAAUGUGCUCAGAUCGGAGAUGUUCUCACCAAGGACGAGGAUGUGGAGACCCUGAUCCAGAACAUGAUCAUCUCGGGAACACUGAGCGGCGUCAUCGAGAAGAACGAUAAUGGGGUUAGCUUCCUUACCUUCCUCUCCUCAUCGGCAACCCUAUCAGAGGUCGAUUUCGCCAGAGAGAUCGCGAACACCGCCACUCGCCUCAAGGCGUUACAGCCUGUGUUUAAAGCCACAACCGAGCGUUUGGGGACAACUAAGGAGUACAUCAAACAUUUGGUCAAGGAACAGCGUCGAGCCGGCGAUAAGGAUGGAGACAUCACUAUGGGCUUCGGGGCCGAUAUAGAAGAUGAAGACCUAAUGGGUGAGGGACCAACAGCUGAGGCUCUCUUCUAG